ACUUCUACUUAAAAUAAAUAAACAGCUACUAAAAGAGACAUACAUUAAAGCAGAUAAUUAAAGAUAAUGAAUUAAUUCAAGCGCACUAUUUUUUUGGGAGAAUAACGUAGAGAUAUUAAUACGCGUAUGUAAAUAAACAUGGACGUGAUCGACGAGGCAGUUAAGAAAUACGACAAGAACUUGGUUUUAAAAGAUAAACAGAGGGAAGCAUUGGCUCAUGUGGUUGAGGGAAAAUGUGAUCUUGUUGUUAGCCUUCCCGUUGGGUAUGGAAAAAGUGUUAUUUUUCACCUUUUACCAUUCAUCUUCGAACAGACUAGAGAAAAUCCGGUAGUGUUGGUUAUUUUACCAUUAAACAUUAUUCAGAAAGAUCAAUUAUCUGUGCUAAGGGAGCAUGGGAUUACUUCAUGUAGACUUAAUAUUGUUGCAAAUGUUGUUCAUGGUUUGGAAGAUGAUAAAGAGACUGAAUACAUGUGCAAGUCUGAUGAAAACGUCGAAGAUGUAAAGCAUGGAAAGUUUCACAUCGUAUUUUGUCACCCUGAAGCAUUAUUUAACACCAACAAAGGAAGAGAGCUGUUAAAUAGUGAAAUUAGCCAGCACAUUGUAUCUGUUAUUAUAGACGAGUGUCACAUCAUAGAAAAAUGGGGAGAAGAGUUCAGAUUAGCCUUCAAGGCAUUACCAACUUUAAAGUUCUUUUUCCCUGAUGUUACUUUCUUGGCAUUGAGUGGAACUCUUACAACUACACAGAAACAAGAUUUACCAAAAAUGCUAGGACUUAAUAAUUUCAAAAUAAUAGAAUGUAGUCCAGAUAAGCCAAACAUUUUUCUGGAGAAAUUUGAGAAGGAACAUGCCUCUGAUGUUGAAGAGGAGUAUGAAAACAUUGUCAACUCUCUCUUCGACAAAUUUUUCAUAAAAAGGGAGAAUUUCCCAGUUACUUUAAUCUAUGUCCCUGUUUAUUAUAUGAGUAGGGCCGUUAUGUAUUUAAACAAUUUAUUCAAACCUGGCAACAUUGAUGAUGCUAUUUACAGUGCCAUUUGUUUUGCUCAGGAUCAGUAUGUAGACAGAACCAUGCAAGAACUUAAGAAAGAACAUUCACAGAUAAGACUUGUUCUAACUACUUCCAUAUUGGGAAUGGGGUUCGAUCCAGAAAAUGUUACACGUUGUGCAUUCAUGUCCCCCAAGGAACAUUUCACAGUAUUUUCAAAAACUUGGUCGAGCAGGACGCAAAGGUCAACCGUCUGUGGCAUCACUUUAUUACUCUGCAAGAAACACUGCAAGAAACCUCCCUGGUAUAAGUGAGGACAUAAUUCAAUAUUGUAAAAAUGAC